AUGCCUGGAGUAAACUGUGCACGCGGCACCAAGGAAGAAGGAGCAUUUGAAGGCGCAACGAGAAGGGCUGCCGGCCGAUGGCCCAAAAUUUUUGUCACCUUGGCAAUGAUUGUCUUAUUUGUCAGGGCUGUGCAUGGAGCGGAGAUCGCAUGGGAGCACGAUGCGGUCCGUUCACAUCACACGGGGUUUCUGGGUACCACCCACACGCAGCUGAUCGAAAGUGUCGAAGAGGACUACCGCAGGAAAAUCGGCGACGUCAGCGACCUCAUGGCUCCGCAGAGGGGGUAUCACGACAAAAAAACAGUUCAACCGGCGACGUGGCUCAAACCCACAUUGAAGGGCCGGGGGGACGACAAGGUGACCUUAUGGCUCUGUAAUGACGAUUUGUAUCUUCUCGCCUUCAACACUACCAGCAACCUGCACACGGCAAAAGGGUACGACGCCUUAUUCACAGAGCCUUUCCUCCCUCUCCCCUUUGGUUCAUCGUACAAAGAGCUAAUGGGACACACUGCGCCCAAUGGAGAUCAAAGGAAUGCCCAUCUGCUUCUUGUUAGUGUUCCACUUGGUAGGGAAUCACUGCUAGAUGCCAUCCAUGUACUUAGCAACUACGACCCUGUUAACACUCCCAAGCAUGAAGUUCAGCUAGCAAUGGCCAAGAUUACACUAAUGGGACCGGAAUCCUUAAGAUUCCAUCCCGUACGCAAUGCGUACAUUUUGGAGUGGGAAAGCGAAGAAUCAUACCUGACCUUGGAUCAGGCAAAAUAUUUGGUCAACUGGUCUUCGCUUAGUACAUUACUGGUGCAAUGGGAAGAUAGUGGCAGAAAAACAUGGCCAAGCUCCAAUGUCGCUAACAGCUUGCGCGCUGAAUUUGGUAUAAAAUCUGGGGAGUGCGCGCUCGGAGUGAUUGACCUGGUGCUGCGACCACGUUAA